AAGCUGAAAAGCUACAAGUCGUUUUAAGAAAUCGUAAGGAAAGUGCGAAACACGUCGAGGCCUUCGUCGCUCCUAUCCUUUCCAUUCCCUCCUCCUCCUCCUCCUCCAGUCCUCCCUCUGCAACUCUUUUUCUUCAAACCUAAGGAUUUCUUUCGAUUUACAGCCCUCACCACCAAACCAACCAAAUGGUCCGCGAGUCUAAGAAGCGUAAACGAGGCCGAAAGCCCAAGAUCCCCUCCGCGGAAACCGUAGAUCUGCCCACCACCUCCACCACCGCAUUCAACGACGUCGCAUUCGAUGACGUCUUCUCCGUCACAAACGUCGAGCUAAUCGAACCCCCCGCCUCCAACCGCAGAGGCCGCCCGAAUAAGCCGCGGCGGGCCACACCGGAGAGGGCCUUAGAGAACGGGGACUUCGUGGACGUGACGGUAGGGGCGGUGGAGUUCGCGGGGGCGGCGGCAAGGGUGGUUCCGGCGAUGGACGCGGUAGUGAAGGUGUUCUGCGUGCACACAGAGCCCAACUUCUCGCUGCCGUGGCAGCGGAAGAGGCAGUACAGCUCCAGCAGCAGCGGCUUCGUGAUCGGAGGGCGGAGGGUGCUCACCAACGCGCAUUCCGUCGAGCAUUAUACACAGGUCAAGCUCAAGAAGCGCGGCUCCGACACCAAGUACCUCGCCACCGUGCUCGCUAUCGGCACCGAAUGCGAUAUCGCAAUGCUGGCGGUCGAGAAUGAUGAGUUUUGGGAAGGGGUGUCACCUGUGGAAUUUGGGGAUUUACCUGCGCUUCAAGAUGCUGUGACUGUUGUGGGUUACCCAAUUGGGGGAGACACAAUUUCUGUGACAAGUGGUGUUGUUUCGCGAAUAGAGAUCCUAUCUUAUAUUCAUGGUUCCACUGAGCUUCUGGGUUUGCAGAUAGAUGCUGCUAUAAACUCUGGGAAUUCUGGCGGACCUGCUUUUAAUGAUAAAGGGAAUUGUGUGGGAAUUGCAUUUCAGUCCCUUAAACAUGAAGAUGUGGAGAAUAUAGGUUAUGUGAUACCAACACCAGUCAUCAUGCACUUCAUCCAGGAUUAUGAGAAGAACGGAGCAUAUACAGGAUUCCCAAUUCUUGGGGUUGAGUGGCAGAAGAUGGAAAAUCCUGAUUUGCGGAAGUCAAUGGGUAUGAAACCUGAUCAAAAGGGUGUUCGUAUUAGAAGAAUUGAUCUCACCGCCCCAGAAUCUAAGGUUUUGGAACCAUCAGAUAUUAUUCUCAGCUUUGAUGGAGUUGAUAUUGCCAAUGAUGGGACAGUUCCUUUUCGGCAUGGGGAGCGCAUAGGUUUUAGUUAUCUUGUCUCCCAGAAGUAUACUGGGGAUAAUGCAGCCAUCAAAGUACUUCGCAAUCAUGAGAUUCUCAACUUUGACAUCAAACUUGCAACGCACAAAAGGCUCAUUCCAGCCCACAUCAAAGGCAGACCUCCCUCAUAUUAUAUUAUUGCUGGAUUUGUUUUUGCGACUGUAUCUGUUCCAUACCUUCGCUCUGAGUAUGGAAAGGAAUAUGAAUAUGAAGCUCCAGUCAAGCUUUUGGAUAAACUGGUGCAUUCAAUGCCACAAUCACCAGACGAGCAGCUUGUUGUGGUUUCUCAGGUGCUUGUCGCUGAUAUCAACAUUGGGUACGAGGACAUUGUAAACACCCAGGUUCUUGCUUUCAAUGGUAAGCCCGUGAAGAAUCUGAAGAGCCUGGCCACCAUGGUAGAGAGCUGUGAAGAAGAAUUUUUGAAAUUUGAUUUAGAGUACCAACAGAUAGUGGUCCUUCGGACAAAGACUGCGAAAGCAGCUACUGUAAACAUUCUUGCAACUCACUGCAUAACGUCGGCAAUGUCCGAUGAUCUCAAGUCAUAAGGUUGGAUUGUUGGUACAUGACAAUGCUAAUUUUCUUAGCCUGCACUGCUUCUAUUUGUCCUUUACACAACUUCUGGAGAAGAAUAUGUUAGAUUCUGGAGGCCGGACUUGCUAACCAUAUAUUUGUAGUUUCUUAGACAUUGUUUGCUUUUGUGAGCCAUUAUGGACUCCCUGGAUAACGGUUAAGUGCAGGUACCUUACGGGGAUUGAUAGUU